AUGAGCAGUACAUUGGAGAACGAAUAUGUCCACACGGCAUAUUCACGGCUGGCCACCUACCAGAUGAAAGACCACCGACAGUUCUCGCCUCGAAUUUGGCCUAACGUUCGGAAGUUCCUCGAAUCGCAAACGCCUGGUAGCACUGUCAUCGACGUAGGGUGCGGUGAAGCUAAGUACACUCGUUCUUCUGUAUUUGUACUCGGAGUGGACACUUGCGCAGAUGCCCUAAUUGGAAGGGCUCUGAGAUCACCGCCUAAUCACCUCGAUCUUCUAUUGGCUGAUGCUUUGAAGCUACCAUUCAGAGACAACACUGCUGAUGCUAUACUGAACGUCUCGGUCUUGCACCAUCUGUCAACGGCAAGUCGUCGCAAAGCAGCACUCGAAGAAUGUGGUAGAUGUCUACGGCCAGGCGGACAGAUGCUUACGUAUGUCUGGGCGUACGAGCAGCCGAAUGGCUCAUUCAAAUCUCAAGAUCUUCUAGUGCCAUGGAACCUAAGCGAAAUACCAAUCAAUGUUACCGUACCCACCCGCCUUCCCGUCAAUCGAUAUAACGCAAUAUUUUUUGUUGAUUGCCUUUCUUUUUUAUUAGAUUUGGUCCUUUUUUGUAACGACCCCUCCUAUCUUAUCAGCAGCCAGUCAAUUCAAAUGGGUGUGUGUCAAGUCGUGCGUCCGAGGGUGCGCGCGGAAAAUUGCGCGGCGAAGUUCGUGGCGAAUUUGGACGACUCCGGCGCCUUUCAUUGGAGCCCAAAUCUGAAGUAA